ACCAGGAAAGAAACACUCAGAGCUCAUCUGAACACACAUCGAGAGCUUCAGAAGAACUGAAACUACUAACAACAGAGAAGAUCAUUGAAUAAGAGAAGAAUGAAGAUCAUCUGGACUUUCACUCUGCUGAUGAUUCCUGGUGUUGUGAGCUCCAUCAGUGUGACAGGAUAUUCAGGAGGUGGAGUCAGAAUCAAAUGCAGAUAUGAUGAAGGAUAUACAGCAUAUAUAAAGUAUUUUUGUAGAGGAGAGUGGUCAGUGUGUACAGACCAAAUCAAGACUGAAGGGAAAAAUAAAUGGGUUCAUUCUGGAAGAUUCUCUCUGUAUGACGACACAAGAGCAGCAGUUUUCACUGUGAUCAUCAGAGAUCUGAGUGAACAGCAUUCUGACAUCUACUACUGUGGAACUGAAAGAACUGGAUAUGAUUUAUACACUGAAGUGAAUCUGAAAGUUUCAGCAGGUGAGUAACUGAGACCCUCAAACCCAUGAUGAUCUCCACAACAUCACCACACUCAACACUGACUGUAAUUACUGUAAUCACAUGAGUAUCUAAUAAAAGAUGCCAACUAUAACC